AUGCAGAACCAGCCAGAGAUCCGCCGCUUCUUCAAGGGGACAAACAGCAGCAGCAGCAGCAGCAGCAGCAGCAGCAGCAACAGCAGCAGCAGCAGCAGCAGCAGCGGUUCAAGGGGCAGCGAGAGCAUGCGGUCUGGGGGGGGGGCCCCCGGUGGUGGUUUUUUGGGGGGCCCCUCUCUUGCUGCUCACGAGAGAAUGAAGCAGCAGCAGCUGCUGGAGUGGGGGCGCCAGGACCCUCUGCGGGCGCGUCAGCUGCUGCUGCAGCAGCAGCGGCUGCAGCAGGAGAAGCAGCAGCAACGUGGGGUGCAGCACCAACCCUUUUUGCUGCUGCAGAGAAAGAUAGACUACCCCCGCCUCUUCGGCUUCACUGACGUGCUGCUGCUGCCCUUUGAUCUAGAGGGAGAUAUACCCCUGCUGCAGCAGCAAAAGCAGCAGCAGCAGCAGCAGCAGCAGCAGCAGCAGCAGGGGUCUGCAGGAAGGGGCAGCCGGGACACGUCAACAGCAGCAGCAGCAGCAGCAGGCGGAGCAGCAGCAGCAGCAGCAGGAGCAGCAGCAGCAGCAGGAGGAGGGCCUGGGUAUAAGAGCGGCAUGGAUUUGAGUUGCAGUUACUGCAGCAGCGAGUGGUUGUAUGUUGGUGGUGAGCCUCUGCUGCAUGCAUCUGAGGCUGAGCUGCUGCAGCUGCUGCUGAGCAGCUACACAGGUAUUUCUGCUGUCUUUGCUGCUCCCACCGACCCGAACACACUACAAAACGCAAUGUAUACGGGGGCCCACUACUCGCUGGCUUUUCUUAUUGAGGCCGCCAUAAAAGAUAAAAUCAGAGAAGCAGAUGCAGACUAUCACCACCCCUGGGAUGCAGAGGUGCUGCUGAAUGUGAUAGCGUGGAUUUUUGCUUUUAAUGUUCGUUACUUCUCCGCCUCAAAUAUAUUAAGACAGAAGGCCCGCAUGAAGCAGCAGCAGCAGCGGCAGCAGCAGCAGCAGCAGCAGCAGCAGCAGCAGCAGCAGCAGGAAGACGAUUUGGCUGCGUGGCAGCGGCGUUGGGCGGAGCAGAUGGAUCAAUCCCAGCAUCAGCAACAUCAGCAGCAGCAGCAGCAGCAGCAGCAGCAGCAGCAGCAGCAGCAGCAGCAGGAGGAAGAAGAAAUACAGCUGCUAGAUAGAGUAGAUAUGAUAUUUUGCAUGCAGGGGUUCGAUACCGGAGCUGCCCCUGCUGCUGCUCCUGCUGCUGCUGCUGCUGCUGCUGCUGCUGCUGCUGGUGCUGGAGAGGGAGAGGGAGAGGGAGGAGAUGCAGCAGCAGCAGAAGCAGCAGCAGCAGCAGCAGCAGCAGCAGCAGAGGAAGAUGCUGCACUGACACAGCAAGAUUUCUGGUGUCCUGCUGCUCUCCCCGCGCUGCAGUCCCUCAGCAGCAACUAUAAAAGGGGAAUAGAUGCAAAGGUGCAGCAGCAGCUGCAGCAGCAGCCUUACUUAGAGCCUCAGGAUGCUUUACGAGCAGCAGCAGAAGCAGCAGCAGCAGCAAACGGAAGAUAUAAAGACACCACUGCAGCAGGAACGUGGACGCAUGAGGAGGACUGCAUGCUGCUGCAGUUCUUUGAACAGUUCAGAGCCGUCAGAGAUUACUACACAUAUAUUGCAGAGCUGAUGGGGAGACACCCGAAGGCUGUAAGAAAGAGACUGCAGCAGCUGAGAGGAGACAGAGGAGAUGCAGCAGCAGCAGCAGCAGAAGAAGAAGGAGACACAGAAAUGCCGGAGGGGCCUGCAUGCAGAUACACAGAGGACCUGGAGGCCGAGCAGCAGAAAAGGAGACAAGAAAAACAAAAAAGGAGACAGAAGGGACACUUCCUCUUUCGCAGUGCUGCACUGGCUGGGGGCCUCAUAGAUUUUCAGCGCCGGGUUCUUGACCUGCAGACAGCAGCAGCAGCAGCAGCAGCAGCAGCAGCAGCAGGAGGAGGAACAGCAGCAGCAGAUGGAGACACUCCGGAGCUCUUCGAUGAUGAAGACAGCAGAAAUCAGGCAGCAGCAGCAGCAGCAGCAAAAGCAGCAGAAGCUGCUGCUGCUGCAGCAACAGCAGGGAGAGAACCAAAAGAACUGCUAGCGGACCUGCUGCUCUCCUUCCGCGCUCUGCUGCAGCAGCUAGAGAGCCCGCGGCCUCCACCGCCUCCCCCGCAGCAGCAGCAGCAGCAGGACCAGCAGCAGCAGCAGCAGCAGCAGCAGCAGGAGGAUGAUGAUGAGCAGAGGGUGCUGCCUGUUGAGGGCCUGAGCUGGUUUGCUGCUAUGCGUACAGAGAGACCCCUGAGGAGGCUGCUGUGGCUGAUGGGGUUAGAGCCCCCAGCAGCAGAAGGAGACAGCAGCUGGCUGCUGCCUGCUGCUGUCUCCGCAGCAACCUGGCGGGAUCGUCUCCAGGUCUUUGAGGCCAUGCAUCAAAGCAGUCUAGACGUGAGACACUCCAUCCACAUACCUAGCUAG